GGUAACUCUAAUUUCAAACAAGAAUGAAAAUGGCAACCUCUACAUGGUUUUUCUGCACUACCAAAUGCGUAAAAUCUUUACCCAUUUGUUGUAGUAAAUUCAAGUUUACACAGUUGGGGUCUUACAAAUUCUUUUCAGAAUUUACUAAAAAAAAAUAUCCCCAAUUUAUUGACAUGCUUCAAAUUCAAGCCUGUGGUGGUGCUGGUGGACAAGGGCUCCCCAAAUAUGGUGGCUAUGGUGGAGAUGGGGGUAAAGUGAUUUUUGUCGUUAAUAAGAAAGUAAAGUCAUUGAGACAAGUGCUGCAGAAGUAUCCUAACCAAGUUUGCAGAGCAGAAGCUGGAGGAAAUAGCGAUAGGUUCUGUCUUCUUGGAGAGAGAGGUGCUGACUUACAUGUGGAAGUCCCUGUUGGAGUCUUGGUUCAUAAAGCUGAUGGGGAAAUUGCUGAUUUAAACGAAGAUGGGGAUAUCUGUCAGGCAGCAGAGGGUGGAAUGGGUGGUAACAAAAGAACAAAUUUUCUGGGUCUGCGGGGUGAGAGGAAUGUGGUUUCUUUAGAACUAAAAUUACUUGCAGAUGUCGGACUUGUUGGGUUCCCAAAUGCUGGUAAAUCUACCUUCCUUCGAACAAUAUCAGCUGCAAAACCUAAAGUUGCUGCUUAUCCAUUUACAACUUUGUCUCCUCAACUGGGUAUGAUGCAAUAUGAAGAUGGUCGAAUGAUAUCUGUAGCAGAUUUGCCAGGCUUAAUAGAAGGUGCUCAUGAAAAUUUUGGAAUGGGUUUCAAAUUUUUGCGGCACGUUGAAAGAACUAAAGUGUUGUUGUAUGUGUUAGAUAUAAACCCAUUUCAACUUUCUCUUCAAUACCCAAUGAGAUCUGCGUUUGAAACACUAUUGCUGCUUAUUCAGGAGCUGUCUGAGUAUGGAAAUGGUAUGAUAAAUAAACCUUCUGUAUUGGUGCUUAAUAAAGUGGAUACAGAUCCUAGUCAGGCCAAAGUCAAUCAGCUUUUGGAUUUGGUAAAUAACUUGCCAGAUUCACUGGACCAAGUGAAUAAGCAGUUUCACCCAGCUGAGUUGCCAGUUUUUGAUGACAUUCUGACUAUGUCAGCAAUGAAAAAAGUAAAUGUGUUAUCUGUUAAAAAUAGAUUACGAGAAGUAAUGGAUGAUUAUGCAGAAAAACGGAGGGCAGAGGAAAUAGAAAAAAAGAAAUCUUUAUUAACCUCAGAAAAAAUUAGUAUUCAUGAGGAACACUUAAAAUCUACUCUGGUGUGAAAUUUUUUAUACAUAAAUAAAAGCUGUGAUGAAUU